UCCUCGUCCUGCUCUACCCCCCCCCCCGCGACUUUUUUUUGGCCACCUUUCUCCCUCUCAUCCCGCUCUCGCCUCGAUGGACAAAGCGGCCACCUUCUCGAAAGAGCCUCCCCCGAGCUACUCGGCCGAGGACAACCCGCCACCCUACUCCCUCUCGACCGCCGGUGCUUGGUCCUCGACUGCCUCCUCACACUCCUCCCUGGCGUAUCCUCCGCCGCCGGCGAACUUGGACCUCACCCCAGCACCCGACACGUCGCCUGCCACCUGCCCCUACCCCUUGCAGGAUCCCCACAACCCCGCGGCCUCCCCCGGCCAUCCCUCGCCACCGGUAUCAGCCCUCCCCUAUCCACCACCUGAGCCGCAGCCCCUGCCGCAGCCAUAUGUCUUUCCUCAGUACUCCCCGGGCCCCGGCCCGGCGCCCAUGAUCUCCACUGUCCCGGCGUCCCCGUCCUCGCCGAUGCUCAUGCCGCAGCCGGUCCUCCAUGCGCCAGUCCCCGUGCAGCAGGCAGCCUCGCCGGUGUCGCCCUCCGCGGCCAUGUCAGGCGGAUCCACGGUAACCACGGUGACCCACUCGUACGCCAGUGUCCAGGUGAGGAUCAUCCUCCCGAAGCUGGUGUACACCCUCGAGGAGGUGGUCAGCGGACAAAUUGAACUCAUCUGUCCGCAGAAUGUCUCGUUGGAGCGCGUGACCGCCGAGAUCUUCGGCCGCGAGUACACCUUCACGCGAGUCAUCCGGCCCAAGUCCGCUGCCCGGGGCCCCUCCAUUGCAGGGCCCCAAAACCGGGCCAACACUCUGGCUUUCUCUGAAAACCUGGUGCACUUCCACACCGGACCCAACCAUGCGGUGGACAUCCUCACCAAGGCCACCAUUACUCCAGGGACGCACUCGUACUCCUUCAGCCUUCCCACCCACAGAUGGCUCCCCUCCACCUUCUGCGCCGUGCGCGAUGAGCGUCGUCUCAGCUUUGCCGUUGCCUACUCCAUCAAGGUCCGCGUGGUGGAGAGUGCCGAGCGGAUCUUCGACUUCCAGCGCAGCAUCUGCCUCUUCCGGGCACCCAGCCCCGCCCCCCCACGGCCUUUCGUCAGCAACGACUCCUCAGAUGUCUUCUUUUCUCGAAAGAAGAUCACCUGGCAGGUCCAAAUCCCCAAGCGUACUUUCUUCCCAGGAGAGGUGGUGCCGCUCAGCAUUCGUGUUGACAAUCAGACAUCGCGCGCUGUGCGCAACAUCCACCUCUCCUUCCACCGCAUUUACCAUUGCACAUUCGUGGCCGCCGGGCACUUUGCACAGCGGACCAAAAUCUCCUUCCAGCACACUGGCAAGGCGCUCAGCAAGCAGUCCAUCACGGACCUUGCCCUGAGCUUUGUCGUCCCGCAGGAUGCCCUCCCCUCCACCCUGGGGACCCUCUUCCGCGUGUCGUAUGAGCUGCAUGUGAGCCUUGAAAUGGCCAUGACCUCAGACCCGGUGAUCAAGCUCCCGCUGGAGGUCGAUUUCAAUCCCGCGGACGCGGAUCUCAUCCAACGCCUUCCUCGGAUGUAUAUGGACUUUGAUCCGACCUUCUUCACACAGCCAUCGGUCAACACCAGCGCCCUGUUCACCUAUCCGGGACCGCAUCUGGCCAUCAAGGAUGCCGGGCGCAAGGAUACUUUCAACUGCAGCUAGGAGGGCCGCCCCGUCGCACCUAGCCGGGCCAUUUGCGCAGCCCUCCAGGGCCCGGGAAGCCACACAGGCUGGACACCCAUGCGGCGUUCAAAUGCCCACAUGCGGGUGCCACCUUGCAAUAAACACCCAAAAUCUUCACACCACACGCAUACACUCGCAUGCGCCUGGUCAGGGGAGAGAGAGAGAGGGAGCGAGGG